UUACACACCAUGUCGAUUGCCUGCUGCCACAUGUCUCUAUACUCGGUGGCGAUGACUGUUCUUUGCUACAGUGUUGGAAGAAGAUAGCACAGCAGAAUAAAUAACGGUAUCUCUCCGUAGUGAGGAAGGAGAUGAUCGUGGUGUGCACGUGAAGCCGGUGAAGCUCAAACCAGUAUCGCGAAAGCUGCAGAGAAGUUUGUUUGUGGACAAUCGUUUCUUCGAGAUUUCGAGGAAUAUUUGCUGAAGGAUAUUUUUGUGAAAUUACGACUCUGUCCGCAAAGCUACUUUAGACUUCGUCGCGACCUUGGCAUUGUGAUAAUGGACAGAACACGACUCGCAUUUGUCACGGCUGCCGCUGUGGGCGCAGGCACGGCGGUUUUCUUCAUCUGGUGGUGGUGGACUAAAAAACAGAAGCCUCAGCCACCGUCAAAAUGGCGAAAGGUCGGAGAAUUGAGUGAUAUAAUGGUAUUCCCGAUUAAAUCAUUCGCCCCAAUUCGCAUGACGGAAAUGGAAUGCACAGUAUUGGGUCUGAGAUCGGGUUGGUUGAGAGAUCGUACAUUGCUGGUCAUCGAUCUCGAAGGGCGAUUUAUCACCGCCAGACAGUUACCUAAAAUGGUCAAUAUAUCGCCCGAAUAUUCCGGUUCCGUAUUGACGCUUCGCGCUCCGGGCAUGAUGUCGAUAUCGAUAGACCUCGCUCAGCUUCGCGGUAAAGGUUUUCGAGUCGCUGUUUGGGGUCAAGCGGUACCGGCACGCGAUUGUGGUGAAGAAGUUGCUCGAUGGCUGUCACGCUUCCUUCUUCAGGAGGAUGCCGGUUUUAGGUUGGUCUACUAUCCGUUAGAUCGUCCGGCGAGAGAAGUGAGAAAAAGAAAUGAAAACUUCUUUCCCUUAGCCUCGACGAUAGAUACCGGAGCCUAUCCAGAUGAAUCAAGUUACAGUCUUAUAAACGAAGCUUCGCUAACAGACCUUAAUAGCCGACUGGAUGAACCUGUUACGUCACUGCAAUUUCGCAUGAAUUUCGUGGUCAAAGGUGCCACUGCUUACGAGGAAGAUAAAUGGGACUGGGUAAAAAUCGGAAACGUGAUUAUGAGAAACAUUAGACCAUGUACAAGAUGCAUUUUGACUACGGUAAAUCCAGAAACUGGAACGAAAAGUACCACAGUCGAACCUUUGAAGACUUUAAAAAGUUACAGACAGAUAACCGAUCCACAAAUUCGACCCGCAACUGGCGACAGUCCAGUUAUGGGAAUUCAUCUUGGUCUACGAGGACCAAAAGGAAUGGUUCGUUUAGGCGAUCCGAUUUACGUGGGUAUCCCGGAGGAGAAAGCAGCGCCGCCUUUGACUUCACCAUCAUAGCUAUACCGUUGGGACUCCUGCGAGAUUUUCGAACACGAACAAGGCAUCGACUGGACGGUCGAGGGCAACAAAGUAUGAAAAGCGGAGUCCACAAUUAACAUUAAAAUAUGUAAAGAACACACACUUGUGUUGUGUGCAUGAUUAUGUAAAACAUUUUUAAUUGAGAAUAUACGAUUGAGGUCUUUCUCUAAGUGGUAAAAAAAAUAUAAUAUUGAAAUAUAAAAAUAUAAAACUACAAAUGUAUUUAUACUAAUAUAUAAUAUCAUUAUCUUACAAAAUAAUAAAUUUUGUAAUAUAUAUAAAAAAAUGGAUAAUAUAUAUAAGGAAUCUCUAAAAUGAACAACGAUGGGGAAUUAAAUAAUCUUAAAUUAUUUGUAAAUUAUUUAGAUCUUUUCAAUUUCUGUGUCAUAGAAUUGUAAUAGUAGUCUAAAUUCCUGUUGCGUCUCAGUGCGUCCGCGUCCGUGUCGUGGCAGCUAUGCUGCUCUUUCGAGGCAAGAAUGUAAUCAGGGGCCCCUCUCCUUUCUGCAUUCAAUCGCCCAUUCUGGGAAAGGCAUGUGGAAAAUAUUCGAACGGAUCCCGAUAUAGAAUCUACCGAUUUUAUCAGUCGGUGGCUUUUAUACGAAGCCACGCAUCACUCCAGUAGUUUAAAUAUUGUAGCCUAAAAAUUUGUAAAAAUAUAUUUUGCUAUAUUGUUAAAAAAUUAAAGAAAAUAUUUGCUUCUUGAAUAUAUCA